AACCAUUGAGAGCAGAGAGGGCUACGUGAUCGUCAAGGCGAAACCGGGAAACCUGAUCAUGUCGUUGGUGGAGGAGCGAGACUCGUCGAUGGACCCGUACUUCGUCGAGGAUUUUCUACUGAUGAUCAUUCUGUUGUGGGUAAAUAAUCACUUCAACGAUUUCGAGUAUGAGCCAAAAAUGAUGAAACUGUUGGAAAAGUUUGAAAAUGCGUUAGAAGACGAGGCGAUGUACAAUCACCAGCAGUUGCUCAACAUCGCCUGUAGCGUCAAAUCGAGGGUGAGGACUAUCGUUUAUACCCGUUCCAAUCGCGAGGAGAUGCUGCAUUUUUCGAUCCUUGGCGGCUAUGAGAAGGGCUACGGAAUCUUCGUGGCGAAGGUCGAGGCGAACUCGCCUGGCGAAAAGGCCGGUUUGAAGCGCGGUGAUCAGGUUUUGGAAGUGAACGGCAACGAUUUCCGUCGGAUUACGCGUCAGAAGGCGCUCGAAAUCCUGCGCUCGACCACGCAUCUUUCGUUUACGGUCAAAUCGAAUUUGCUGGGCUUCAAAGAGAUGCUCAGCGAAGAUCACACGGACCUGGCAUUGCCGUUGCCACGCGGCCACAUGUCCGACAGCAGUUUUCUGUACCGACGAGGUCACCAUUACGUUGAUGGUAUGCAUAGAGGUGGGGACGGUCGUCGGAACGCGCUGGUACCCCACGAGGCAACCGCCUGCUAUUCGCAUUCCCUGAAAAGCCAGUGCUCUUCGAAGUUGUCCCAAGCCGACUCGGUUUCGUUCUCUGGUACACUGAAGUCAGCUCUGGAAACCAACGGCAAGGAGAAGAGCCGUCUGGCGCGCUUGAUCAAGAAGUUCAGAAAUGGCAGCAGUUAUGGCACCCUGAACUACGACGCUGAUCAAGUGGAGUGUGAUUUCCAGGCCGAUCUUAUUGCUCGCCAGAUGAGAAUGACCGGGCCGCUGAAACACAGCCGUUCGAACCCGGACAUCACCAACGGAGGUCAUAUUUUCGGCUCGAUCAGCCAGUAUUAUCAA